AUGGUUCUCCUAGGGGUAGCAGGAGUAGGUGUUAUUGGUGGUUUGUUAGCACUAGCAACCAUUAAAUUAAAACGCUCACAAGCACAUACAAACUUGUUAAGUUUAAGCUGUCCAGCAGAAAUGGAUGUAACAACAGAAUUAUCUCGAACGGAACAACAACCCGGAUUAAAAUCGGUUGUAUUAGAUAAUACAAAAACAUUGUUAAAAUUAAAUCAACAACAACAGCAGAAACCACACUCGACUAGUGUAUCAAAAUCACCACUAAAACAUGUACAACUAGAAGAAGCCCAAAAUGUACUGCAACAAAAACAUUGA